AGAAUGCCGUGUUAGCACGUGGCGUCACAUGCAGCCUUCGUUUCGCUUUGGAGAAGAAGGAAAUAUGGCGCAAAACAGCAAUUAUUACGGCUAUUCAGCCGGUGUUCAGGGCUCGCAAGUGUACGGCAAUACGAUGCAAAACCCACAGAUGACUCAGUCGGCGUACAGUGGACAAACUACGGCCGCUUAUGGCGCUCAAUCGACGACACCAAGCGCCAAUGCUUACGGAACCGCAUCGCCACGAAGUGUCAUGCCGGGGCAAAGUGCUUAUACACCAACGGCCGCUUCUAACUACCAAACGACCGCUUUAUCUGGAAGCUCCUACGGAUAUACUGCUCGAGUGCAAGAUACCUCUUCUCAAAGUUACCCAACGAACGCGGCGAGCGCAUAUACAAGCCCUGCUCCAUACUAUGGCCGUGACAACUCACAACAAUCGUCAGGUUACGAUGCUUCGAAAGCGAACAGCUAUUACAACCAACAUUCAGGCACGACACCGGGCUAUGGCUACGGUUCUGGGGCAUCGAAAUCCAUGUAUUCCGGCUAUUCGACGCAGUCAAAUGCGAACAAUCAAAUGGCGAACCCGAGCACGCCAAAGGCAAGUACCCAAGCGUCAGGAAAUAGUAACGUUUCCUAUCCUUAUAAAGGCCAAACAGGCACGAACUACAACCAGAAUUCGAGCUCCUAUAAUUCGCCUUCAAAUUGGUCUGGCAACGCAGGAGGAGGCUAUCAGCCUGCACAGGGCUACGAUGCAGCUGUUUACAACGCUGCUUCUUCGUACUUUCAACAACAAACGCAGCCAAGGCAAAAAUGGGGAGGAAAUAAGAACAACAAUAGCGGUAAUCAGAACAAUAAACCAGGUCAAUCGAGGCAGAGGAACCCCCCUAGACAACAGCAAGUUCAUUACUGUGAUGUUUGCAAAAUCAGUUGUGCUGGACCUCAGACAUACAAGGAGCAUUUGGAAGGUCAGAAACAUAAGAAGAAGGAAGCAGCUCAAAAACAAAUGGAGGCAGCUGGACCUGAUGGUUACAGAUGCAGUCUAUGUGAUGUGACUUGCACUGGAACUGAUGCUUUUAAUGCUCAUCUCAAGGGAGCCAAACACUUGAAGACUGUAAAGCUUCAUGAAAAGCUUGGUAAGCCAAUACCAGAGGUACUUUCAGCUGAGGAUCAAGAUAAAGACAAGAAAAAAGAUGGCAUUGUUAAGACACAGACACCAAAACCUUCCUUCAGAAACAAUCAACGUAGAAACAGAAAGCCGUCUGCGCCUAAAAUAACAUUCAUUGGUGGGGCAACAUUGAAUUCCACACCUGGAGAAACGGCAACAACCUCUGCAGUUACCUCUGAGGCACAGGAUGCUGAUGUGUCGGCCACUAUGCCUGACGAAGGUGGAAAAAAAGGAGACACGACUGGGUCUGAAGAAGGAAAGGAUAUUAAAUUUGUUGGUGAAGACUAUAUUGAAGAAGUAAAGUCUGAUGCUGGUAAAGUCAUUGGGUUUGAAUGCAAGCUAUGCGAGUGCAAGUUUAAUGACACUCUGGCAAGAGAAGCUCAUUUGAAAGGAAGAAGGCACCAGUUGGCAUAUAAGAAGAAAGUCCAACCUGAUUUUGUUGUGGAUCAAAAGCCUAGUGCAAGAAACAGGCAGCCACCUCAGCCACGCUCUCUGAUGGAUGACAAGGCAAGACGAAGAUGGGAACAGGAUAUGUACUGGAGACAACAAGAAGCUGCUUGGAGGAAUGAAGAAGUCAGAAGCUUGAAUAAUAAUGUGGGCGAAGAGGAAUAUUGGCGGAGAUUGGAAGAGGAAGAGAGAAUGUGGGAUGAACAUGAAAGCCACCGUCAUGGAGUGGAUUGGGGUCAUAGGAUGGGACCUCCACGUCCUGAUUAUGGUGAUAUGUAUCCGCCGCCAAACAUGCCUCGACCACGACAGGACAGUCAGGAUGAUCGUAUGGUCAUGGCUAAACAUAAACAAAUCUAUCCGAAUGAGCAAGAACUCAGCGCCGUUCAGAGCAUCGUUUCUGCGGUGGAGAAAGCGUUGAAGCUCGUUUCUGACAGCAUCGCGGAGGAAGAAGCGCCGCUCGUCUGUAAAGUAGAAGUUAAGGACGAAAACAUGGAGGUGACCGAAGCGCCGCCAGCUGAAGAAAAAACGACGGUGAAAGAGGAGAAAGGUAGUGAAGAAAAGCCCGAGGAAGAGAAGGCUGUCGGGGAAAGUGAUGAGAAAACAAGCGAGGAAACAGACGAGAAAAAGGAUGAUGAAACGAAAAAAUCCGCAACUCCUAAGCUGAAGGAAAAAACUGAACAAGCACCAAGAACCUUAAAAGGUGUUAUGCGUGUUGGCGUCCUUGCGAAAGGUCUACUGCUUCAUGAAAGACUUGACGUGCAACUUGUUGUUUUAUGUCAAGAUCGACCAACAGUGCAACUUCUUGAACGAGUGUCGACGAAACUUCCUGAUCAGUUAACGAAAGUUAGUGACGAAAAGUACGACGUAGUCGUGGAAAAUUGCCAGAUUACAGUUGCCAGCACAAAAGAUCCAAAGAUCACUGUCCUUAUCACGUUAACGUCCCCUGUGAUGAGAGACGAGGCUGAUGUAGCACAAGGUAACUUUAUGUUUUCCCAGAUUUUCUCACAUUGCACCUUGCACCGUAACUUGUCUGAGCUUUCGAAAAAAAUUAUAAACUGGUGUUUCUCAAGUUUUGAUAAUUCUUCCAGGUUAUUAUACUUUAUUCAAUAUUUAAAAUUUCAAUUUCUGCCAUUUAAAAUUUCAAAUUCUGUCUUUCAAAUUCUGCCCCGUCUCGUGCGGUCAAACACGUCCUCGCCAACUCCUGACCCAGUUCACUCUGAUUUAGCGGAAGAACAAAAAGAUGUAUUGGAUCGAGACAAAUGUCUGGAGGCAUUGGCAUCCCUACGUCAUGCUAAAUGGUUCCAGGCUAAGGCGAACGGCGUACCAUCUUGU